UACUCUCAAGUUCAGUGUGCCAUCCUGUGCAGCCUAGAGGCGGAGCUCCAAAAGCGUUUUGAGCACCACGACCCUUAUGAGCUGGUCCAUGAGCUAAAAACUAUUUUUGAAACUCAUGCGGCCGUGGAAAGCUAUGAGGCCUCGAAACACUUCUUUGGCUGUAUGAUGGAAGAGGGUAGCUCCGUUAGUGAGCACGUGCUCGCUAUGUCCGGGCACGCGAAGAAGCUCAGUGACUUGGGGAUAGUGAUUCCUAACAAGCUGGGUAUUCAUCGUGUACUCCAAUCACUGCCACCUAGUUACAAGAACUUUGUGAUGAACUACAACAUGCAGAACAUGAACAAGGAGUUACCUGAACUCUUCCCCAUGCUGAAAUCUGCUGAGGUGGAAAUACAGAAAGAGCACCAAGUGUUGAUGGUCAACAAGACCACCAGUUUCAAGAAACAGGGAAAGCCUAAGAAGGGCAACUUCAAGAAGGGUAGCAAGAAAGUUGCUGCGCCUCCUGAGAAGCCUAAGGCUGGCCCUAAACCUGAUACUGAGUGCUAUUACUGCAAGGAUAAGGGGCACUGGAAGCGGAAUUGCCCCAAGUACAUGGCUGAUCUGAAGAGCGGCCUUGUCAAGAAAAAGAAAGGUAUAUUUGAUAUACAUGUUAUAGAUGUCUAUCUUACUGGUUCUCGUAGUAGUGCCUGGGUAUUUGAUACUGGUUCGGUUGCUCAUAUUUGUAACUCGAAACAGGAACUGCGGAAUAAACGAAACCUAGCGAGGGACGAGGUGACGAUGCGCGUUGGAAAUGGAUCCAAGGUCGAUGUGAUCGCCGUCGGCACACACGAACCGAAGCCUGGCAUCAACACGAGGAUGUGCAUAACUACUUUGCUUCCACCUCCCGCCGGCAUGGAAGGCUUUAUCCCCUACAAUGACCUCAUAAAAAAGCCUGUGGUGCAUGGCCGGAGGGAGGCAGUAGAGGCGUUGUCGAUGAUGAACCCCGCUGUUGGUAGACCUCCUAUAACUGGACACAAGCCCACCCAGCCGGUGCCACAACGCUUCUACGUCCAGCUGUAUGAUGAUGACCUGUUCAUUUUGGUCAUACCUACGACGUUUAAGGCCAUCCUCUUGGAUACCCGGGUGAUUGACAAGAAGCCAAGGCGCGUGCGACUGAAGUGGACCAAAUGGUGUGAUUACUCUGUCCAGCUCCAGUGGAUGGAUGAUGAGCUUGUUUUCUUCAGAGGCUGA